AUGGCUUUAAUGUUAUUCAGACCUCUGACUCCUCUUCCUCAACUUCUACUCACACACAUCGGUUCCCUUCAAGAUACUGUAGCUGCAGUUGCAAGUUCAUUGAAUUAUUUGGAGAAGAAAACUAAGGAAUAUUCCAGUGAUUCAAGUUGUAAAGG